GGCUUUUGCUAUGCAAAAAUCAACACAACAACAUCGAUACGAUCAUACGACGUCGUAUGAUUUGCAAAAACUGAAGUAAUAGCGUUUUUACCACAGAAACCCGAUUUUAGUACAAAGUAAGGUUAAAUGGCGACCCACCCACCGGCCGGACCUCGAAUCUUUUGCCAAAGUCGCUACUCAUGGAUUGCGCUUGCGCUGCGCCACUUGUCAAUUGCAGUUCCCAAGGAGGUACGGGGAGUGGUCGGCAAUGGGGGAUCUCUAUGCAUGGCUGAUUUCCUUCCUUCUCCUCGUCGCUGUUUUCGCCCUCGUGCUUUAUCAGGUUGCGACUGGUUUUUGGAAUACCUACGAACUGAUUGUGAUGGGUGAAGAGGAUAAUUUGUUGUUUUUGGUGGUGGGGAAAUUGAAGAUCGUGUGCUUGGCUGACCUUGAGUAUGACUAUAUUAAUCCGUAUGAUUCAGCAUCUAGGAUAAAUGCUGUUAUCUUGCCAGAGUUUGCCAUCCAAGCCACGCUAUGCCUGCUCCAUCUAAUUACAUGGCAUUGGGGCAUGUUCCUGCUGUGCCUUCCAUAUUUAUAUUACAAUGUCAAGCUGUAUACUCAAAAGCAGCACUUGGUGGAUGUAACCGAGAUAUUCAACCAGCUUCCCAAGGAGAAGAAGAUCCGAUUCUUCAAGCUUGGAUAUAUUGCUGUUUUUCUGGCAUUAUCAAUUUUCUGGAUGGUUUGGAGCAUUGUCGAAGAUUGACUGUCUAUUUUCCUACAAUAUUCUUGGCUCUGGUUUUAUUCCAUUCAAUCAUAUCAUACAUUUUAUGACCAUUUUAUGUUAGAAACAUUGCAGAAGUUGAAUUUCGCAGAGAGUGAAGAAUUCAUAUCUUCUUGUUCCAGAUUCAAACAACUAUGGGGAUGCCCGACAAGAGGGAGAUAUAUAGCCCAGGUGUGGUUUAUAUGUAUAUAUAUAUAUAUGCAUAUAUAUAUGCCUGUCUGUCUGUAUGUGUGUGCUUCUGGCCUUGCUUGUAGCUUUGGUACAUUCUAGUUCAAUUUCAUAACUUAGUUAUGGUCAAAAUAGAUAUAUAUAUAUAUUCUCUGCAGAGUAAUGAACUCCUUUUUUUCUACUAUUACAAAGGGUUUGUUUGGUUUUGGUU